AACCAUGUUUACGUUUAUUCAACUUUCUGCUAACAUUUACACUGAAAAAAAAAGGUAUAGUUUUGGUGUUUAUCAAAAUAUCAAUUCUCCCUUCAGCAAAUUUCUCCUCGCAACACUUGCAGCGGUUGGAGGUUAUAAAACGAAGGCAUUCAGGCUUUGUAACAGCGGUUCAAAACUGAAAACAGUGAAGGCCUACAUUAAAAAAAGGAGUUUUUUAAUGUAAAAAAAAUAAAGCCUUUGGUUGUUAAUAUUACAAUGUGAUUGUAUUCUUUAAUUACGUGCAGUGUUAUUAAUAUUUAAUUUAUUGUGUUUAUUUUUUGAAGGGAAGGUGCAUUUCGGUGAAUGGAGUCGCUGGGUGUGUAUGUGUGAUCUCGGGAAGAAGACCCGGGAAAGGAGCGCUACUCAUAUUAAUGGCGGGAUUCAAAUCGACCGCAAGAAAUUACUGCAAAAAAUCCCUUGUGACCGGACUAGCUGCUCAGUCUGCGACCCGGAACAGUGUCCGUCCGCCGAACCCGCAGACAUCAGCAAACUCCUGGUUUUAAAAACGUUUGAAAGUGAAGUCAAGACUCUCAAGGAUACCGGGGCACAGACAACGACACAACCGGCGGGGAAAAGGAAAGCAGACAUGGGGACUGAAAGAAAGGCAGCAGAGCUGGAGCUAGCGAUGCCAGUAGAGAUGGAAGAGAAGAAAGUAGAGAUGGAGGAGAAGAAAGCAGAGAUGGAGGAGAAGAAAGUGGAGAUGGAGGAGAAGAAAGUGGAGAUGGAGGAGAAGAAAGUGGAGAUGGAGGAGAAGAAAGUGGAGAUGGAGGAGAAGGAGGUCGAGAUGGAAAAGAAUAGAGUCGAGAGGGAAAAGAAAAAAGUCGAGAUGGAAAAGAGGAAAGUCGAGAUGGAAAAGAGGAAAGUCGAGAUGGAAAAGAGGAGAGUCGAGAUGGAAAAACAGUUUGUUGAGAAGCAAAUAGAGGUUAUACGAAUUGAAAGAAAACUGUUAGAGUUGGAGAAAGGAGGAAAAACGACAAAGACUACAAAGAAAACGACAAAGACUCCAAACAAAACGACAAAGACUCCAAACAAAACGAUAAAGACACCAAACAAAACGACAAAGACACCAAACAAAACGACAAAGCCAACAGAGGGACCGACAAAGACACCAAACAAAACGACAAAGCCAACAGAGGGACCGACAAAGACACCAAACAAAACGACAAAGACACCAAACAAAACGACAAAGCCAACAGAGGGACCGACAAAGACACCAAACAAAACGACAAAGCCAACAGAGGGAACGACAGUGACUAUGAAAACAACAUCAGCAGCUAUGAAAACAAUGUAAAUGAUCCACUCCAGAAACAAACACAGAAACUGUGGGGAAAAUGACACGAGGUCUGGAAAAAAAAUGUAAAUUAUCCAAAACCUAGAUUUAAAAAAGUCGGGAGCUGCUUUUGGACAUUGAAUUUGUUAACUGAGGUGAAAAAAAGUGUGAUGGCGAUAAUACACAAAGACACACCUGCGUGUUAAACGAUCUACCGUCAGUCCUGAAUUUGAUACCAUUCCAAUGAUAUUUAUUCAAGUAUAUCAAUUCCAUGUUAUUUUUGUAUUGAUGAUAGAUUCAAAAAUAAAAGUUGUC